GUUGUACUUGAUGCCGGUCUCAGCCGGAUCCUGAUGCGGAUCCUCAGACUUUGCGAAGUUUAGACACGUCUAAGUUACUGGUCAUCACUGGGAGGACUGGUGAUGGGGCAUUGUCCUGUCCGUCUCAUGCUGCGGCUGCUGCUGCUCAUUGCCCUGCUGGUGGCUGUUUGGGCGGAGGGCCGGGAUUUUUACAAACUGCUGGGAGUGAGUCGGGAGGCAUCGACAAGGGAGAUUCGCCAGGCCUUCAAGAAGCUGGCGCUUACCAUGCACCCCGACAAAAACCCUGGCGAUCCGUCAGCACAUGAGAAUUUCCUGCAGGUGAAUCGAGCCUAUGAGGUUCUGAAGGACGAGGAUCUCAGGAAGAAAUAUGACAAAUACGGAGAGAAGGGAUUGGACGAGCAGCAGCAGGGUGGACGCUACGAGAGCUGGAGCUACUACAGAUACGAUUUUGGUAUCUAUGAUGAUGAUUUGGAGAUCAUCACAUUAGACAGUGGUGACUUUGAGGCAGCAGUGAACUCUGGAGAAAUCUGGUUCAUCAACUUCUAUUUCCCACGAUGCUCUCACUGCCACACUCUCGCUCCAACGUGGAGGGAGUUCGCCAAAGAGAUGGAUGGCGUGAUCCGGAUUGGAGCAGUGAACUGUGGAGAUAACAACCAUCUCUGCAGGAGGAAAGGCAUCAGCAGUUACCCUAGCCUGUUCAUAUUCAGAGCAGGACAGAGACCGGAGAAGUUUACUGAGGAGCGAACCAAAAACAACCUGGUCAGCUUCUCCAUGCAGUUCAUCCCGACGACCGUCACCGAGCUCUGGCAGGGAAAUGUGUUCAGCGAAAUCGAGUCAGCGUUUGCAUCUGGCAUCGGCUGGUUGAUCACCUUCUGCUCUGACACUGGCGAUUGCCUGGAGUCAAGAACGCGGCGGAAACUGGCGGGGAUGUUGGAUGGUUUAGUGAAGGUGGGAUGGAUGGACUGCAGCACACAGGAGCAGCUCUGUGAAAGUUUCCAGGUGACUACUGGAGCGACUGGUUUGUUCCCACCUGGAAGUUCUUUGGACCAACAAGGCAGCGUACUGUGGUUAAAAACGUUGGACAGCAGAGAGAUUUAUAAUCAAGUCAUCAGUCAUCUUCCUGAUCUGGAGCUGCUGACCAGUGACAGCUUUAAGAAUAAACUGGCCCGUCAUCGCUGGCUGGUCAGUUUUACUUUUGGAGACACAAGCCACGCCUCCAACGAGUACAAGAAGCUGAAAGCUGCUCUCCGAAACGACCACAUACAGGUGGGCAGAGUGGAUUGUAUCUCUGACUCUGAGUUGUGUGAGUCUCUGUACAUCCAUAAACCCUGCGUGGCCGUCUUUAAAGGACUGGGAAUCAACGACUUUGAGAUCCACCAUGGUAAAGAUGUGCUGUACAACAUCAUUGGUUUUGCGAGAGACAGCGUCCGUGCUCAUGUGACGACUCUGAGACCUGAUAACUUCCCCUCAGACAGGAAGGAGCCUUGGCUCGUUGACUUCUUCGCUCCAUGGUGUCCUCCAUGUCGGGCCUUACUUCCUGAACUGAGGAAAGCUUCCAUCCAGCUUGCUGGACAGAUGAAGUUUGGCACCCUGGACUGCACUAUCCAUCACAACCUCUGCUCCAUGUAUAAUAUUCAGAGUUAUCCCACCACGGUGAUCUUUAAUGGUUCCUUUGUUCACGAGUAUGAAGGACAACACUCGGCUGACGGCAUCCUGGAGUUCAUUCAGGAUCUGGUGAAUCCGUCUGUGGUGGUUCUGGAUCCUUCCAGCUUUGCAGAGAAAGUAAAAGGUCGAUCUGAAGGGGAGGUGUGGGCGGUGGAUUUCUUUGCUCCGUGGUGCGGUCCAUGUCAGGCUCUGAAGCCGGAGUGGAGACGCAUGGCUCGGAUGCUGUCGGGUCAGAUCCAGGUUGGUUCUGUCGACUGUCAGAUGUUUCAGUCGUUCUGUCAGAGUCAGAACGUGAGGGCGUACCCAGAAAUCCGAGUGUAUCCCGAUAACUACCGGCAGCCAGACCGCUACAUGAGUUAUAACGGCUGGCACAGAGACGCCCACACGCUGCGAUCAUGGGCUCUGAGCGCUUUACCACGGGCGUCAGUAGAUUUGACUCCAGACACCUUCAGGACUUUGUUUCUGGCCAGUAAAGAUCACUGGGUCCUGGAUUUUUAUGCUCCGUGGUGUGGACCGUGCCAACACUUUGCCCCAGAGUUUGAGGUCUUAGCUCGGAUCCUUAAAGGCGAGGCUCGAGCGGGGAAGAUCGACUGCCAGGCUCACUAUCAGCUCUGUCAGUCAGCAGGAAUCACCUCCUACCCCACCAUCAGAUUCUCCCCAUACAUGGGAGCAACCAGGCACAAACAGAGCGGUGAUCACAUCAACAGUCGGGACGCUACCAUGAUAGCGAGCAUUGUCAGAGAGAGGCUACAGCAGCUGUCACCACGGUUACAAAACAAACCAAAGGAUGAGCUCUAAUGACGUUGGGGUCGAUAACUGUAAUCUGAUUGGUCAGAGAGGGCCAGAAGUGAAAGGGAUUGGUCCGGCUUGAUGAUCAAUCAACACUCCUUUUUCUGAACGCACAGCUGUGACGGGGACAGACUGUACACUGACUGUUACUGUGCUGUGAUGAUUGUACGCCAACUUUCAGCCUUUAUUUUUAUCUGUUUUUAUGUUUGUCUCCAUUGUUUGUAUUUACUCUAUGAAGUAAAACUGUGGGACACUGCACACAAACACUCUCACAACAUGUUUAUAGCUCACAUUAACGACAUUUUAGGCAUUCAGAUACCAAGUGGUAGUCCUUCAUGCUUUAUGUGGACGCACCUCAAUAUAAAUGGUUUGAUAUCUGGGGCGGAGAUGGCCUGGUGGUUUGGUCCUGCCCCGUUUAUGCAGCCUGGGUUCAGGUCUGGCCUGUGGCCUCUCCCUGCAUGUCUCUUCACCACUCUCUUAUAGCUCAGACUGCAUACAGAGGUGGUCUGGGAUGUCCUUAUCUGGAUUGAAUUUGUUGUCCAGAGACGCAUGCAUCAAGAGUCGCCUAUGUCAGCUGACCUGAUCUGCUGUAUUCAGCGACAAAAUCAAAAGCAUGGCUUUGUUUAUGUCUGCCCAGCCUCAUUCAGUGUGAUGGGAUAUACGGCUCUUUUUAGAGAUCUGGUUUUUAUCUCUGCUCAGUAAUGAGAGCUGGUCUUCCUCCUCAAAAACGGCUCUUCAUUUGGUACCUUACUGGUUUUUAUAUUAACCUUGCAAAGCAGAUGGAUACGCCCAUUUCCUUGUUUUUCACUGGCGAAUCCAUCUUGCAAAGCUCCCAUCUGAACCAU